GAGGAGGACGCGGCGGGCGGUGCUUCCUCGGCCGCUCUGCUUCCAGUCCGGUGAGCCUGCCGAGUCCUGGCCUUCCACUUCCGCCCCUCAGCCGGCCGCGGCAAGUAGCGAAGCCGGAGAAGUCGCGGCCGCUCCGCCGCCGGCGCGCGUCCUUCCCCCUCCGCCACCUUUUCUCUGAUUCAAGCCCGCCGCCCCAGGCUUCGCUCAGCCGAGCCCGCAGCCCACGCCGCGGCCGACAUGAGCUUCUUGUUUGGUAGUCGCUCUUCUAAAACUUUUAAACCAAAGAAGAACAUACCAGAGGGGUCUCACCAGUAUGAACUCUUAAAGCAUGCGGAAGCCACACUGGGCAGCGGCAACCUACGGAUGGCUGUCAUGCUUCCCGAGGGAGAGGAUCUGAAUGAGUGGGUUGCAGUUAACACUGUGGAUUUUUUCAAUCAAAUCAAUAUGCUUUAUGGAACCAUCACAGACUUCUGUACAGAGGAGAGCUGUCCGGUGAUGUCAGCUGGACCAAAAUAUGAAUAUCACUGGGCAGAUGGAACAAACAUAAAAAAGCCUAUUAAGUGUUCUGCACCAAAGUAUAUUGAUUACUUGAUGACUUGGGUUCAGGACCAGCUGGAUGAUGAGACAUUAUUUCCAUCAAAAAUUGGUGUUCCAUUCCCGAAGAAUUUCAUGUCAGUGGCAAAAACAAUACUCAAACGACUCUUUAGAGUUUAUGCUCAUAUUUAUCACCAACAUUUUGACCCUGUGAUCCAGCUUCAGGAGGAAGCACAUCUCAAUACAUCUUUCAAGCACUUUAUUUUUUUCGUUCAGGAGUUCAACCUUAUUGACAGACGAGAGUUGGCACCACUGCAAGAGCUGAUUGAAAAACUCACCUCAAAGGACAGAUAAAAGGAUGCAAGCUGUGCAAACUCUUCUUCAGAUGGAGCUGUGUACAGUGUCCUUGGCUUUGUUAUAGUUCAUCUUUAUCUACAUUGUUUCUGUUUUAGGUUUUGGGGCUUGCUUGGGUUCCCUUUUCUCUUCUGAAUAUAUAAAAUCAUAUUCUCUUGCUAGAGGAAGCCGAGACCGUUCUCUACAUUUGAAAAGGGCAAAUUUUGUCAUAGUGGUAUACAGUAUUUUUUUUUUUCUAUUUUAUUUUUAUCAAUCUGGUUUUGGUUACUUGAGGAAUUUUUAUGAUAUUGAUGCUGGAAACAAAUGCGACAAAUGCGAACUGACUGAAGUGCUGAUGGACUGGGUACUUUGCUGUGUAAACUGUGGUCCACUUUGAAGUCCUUAAAAAAGACUUAUAUAUAUGUUUUUAAGUGCCUUGAUAGGCUCACUUCUGAGGUGCAAAGCACAGAUAUAGGACUGAACAAAGCUUGAAACAAUAUUAGAAUUUCUAUCUAGGGCACUUACUUGUGCAUGUUAUGAAGUUAUCUGUUAUAAAAGCCAUAGUUUACUCAAAUUGUUGAUCUCCAGCUUUUACUAUGUUGAAAAAAACCCAUAAUUUGUAAAGUUGUGCAUGUAGAACACAAAUAUAAAACAACAAAUUAUUUCUUAAUUAUUUUUGACAUAAUUUGUAAAGGUGUGCAUGUAGAACAUAAAUGUAAAACUACAAAAUUCUUAAUUAUUUUUGAUAUUGACUAAUAUAAUCUGUUCAACAGCCGUUUAAAGUUCUACAAGCAGGUCUUUUUCCAUCUCUUAAUAUCUGUGAUAUUGAAAUUUAAGGAUGUUGAAAUGUAAUAGAUACUGCAUUUCAGCUUCUUUCUACAUGUAAGUGCACUGUAAGUGUAAAACUUCAGGUUAUAUAUAGAAUUGCCAUCUUCAGAAAGGAUGUUGAACUGUGAGGUUUCCUAGCAAUUGCCAAAUGAGCCGUAAGUGCAGAAUCCCUUUGUACUUCAAAGAGGAAAGGAAAAAUGAGACCUGUCAUGGCAGGCAUUAGUUUGGGAAAUUAGAGAGGAUUAGUGUGGGAGUCAGAUUUUAGAAAGUCCUGUUUUAAAACCCUGGGAUAGAUUGGUGCCCAUACUUACAGUUUGGGAGACUUCCUUUUAGAGAUCAGCUUCCAUGAGAAGUUAAACAUAAGUAAUUAGUUUUAGGUACAAACAUUAAAUAUGGAAUUAACUAUUUGGGGAAAUUGAUCACUUUUUAGCAUUUCCAUUCAGUGAAUGGAGCUGGUAUUUGCCUGUCAUUUUAAAUGAUACACUACCUUGAUUAUUGGUGCAGUUUGAAGCAUCCUGACUCCUUAUUUUUCCACUGUGAGAAAUCUUUUUUCUUUGUAGUGAUAUCAAGUAAUGAAAAUGUUAGCUCAGUAGUUAAUAACUUUUAAAUAUUAGUUGAGAUGACAUCCUGUUAUCUUCAUCAAUUACAGGUUCAGGAAUUUGGUUUUUGAAUAAAUACUGAGGUUCUCUCACCUUCAGUUUUGUUCUUGAGAAAUACUCUUUUCAGGCUCUGAGUUUUAAUUUUAUCAGUUUGGAUAAAUCCCCUUCCCUCAAUUUUCUCUCUCUUUCUAGUUAGAGACACAUACUUUCAAACUUGUAAACUAGAAAUGCUUGCUGUGAAGUUGUAUACAACACCUAGUGAAAAAGAAUCUAAAAUGAAAUGAACAAGUGGACAGUGAUACAGUUGGAUGCCCUUACAAUCAUGAUCACUAGGAACUGCCUUUUUCUCCAUUUGAUUUCUAUAAUGGCAAUUACUACCAAGUACCAAUAAUAAAAGAAACAAGAGAGCUUGGAAAAGGUAGGCAAUCCUGGCAUUUAUUAGUAAUGCUUAUUUAUCAGCCGACAGCUAGCUGAUUUCUUUAAAAUACUUUUUUUUUUUUUUUUAGUAUCUAGAUAGAGACUAUCAAUCAUUAUGGGUUGGUUCAGAAUUCCGAUGUUUGAUUCCUGUCUAUACAGGAAAUGAAGCACAUAAUCACUAACUAAAAUAGUCUUCCGUAGUAUAUGACUUUCUGUCACCCCUGUAACGGGUUUUUAUAGCAGCAGCAUGUAGAGAGAAGUAAGAGGUUGCUUCUGGUCUUUAAGCCUUACACAUAUUAACUGUCAGAAUGGAAACCAGUCCUAGAAACUAGUGCUUGACAGCAGACUUACCACUCCGUGUGGAGAGCAGUUUCUGUUCACUUUGCCAGAAUCUCAGGUGCUAUGUUUUCAAGUCAGCACUCGAGCUUUGGGAAAUGAGGAGACGUGUGUGUGUGUGUGU